CCAACUACCUCCCCGCUCCUGCCAGUGUCUGCCUCUCUGCCCCCACGGGGGUUUAUUUGAUCUCACAUUAACCAAGGAGGAGAAUGUGAGAAAAGGGGGAAAAUGCCCAGGAGGAAGCAGGAGCAGCCCAAGCGCCUUCCCUCACAUGUUAGUAGGCAGGACGAGGCGGAGGGCGAGCUGAGCGAAGGAGAGCCCUGGUAUGAGAACUCUUCCGAGACUCCCUCCGAGGCGUCCUAUGGAGAAGUCCAGGAGAACUACAAGCUGUCUCUGGAGGACCGGAUCCAGGAGCAGUCCACCUCCCCCGACACCUCCUUGGGGAGCACCACCCCCAGCAGCCACACGUUGGAGCUGGCGGCCCUGGACGGCGAGGUCCUGCGAGACUCCCUGCCGGCUCAGGACCACCUCUCCCCGGGUGUGUCUUCUCUGUGCGACGAGGACGUGCCCGGCUCCACCAAGCCCCUGAGCAGCAACCUGAGGCGGCUGCUGGAGGCGGGCUCCCUCAAACUCGAGGCCACGGCCACUGCCAACGGCAGGGUGGAGUCGCCGGUCCACGGCAGCUCGAACCUCUCCUUUUCCCCACCCUCCCACCAUGCCCAGCAGCUCAGCGUCCUGGCCAGGAAGUUGGCCGAGAAGCAGGAACAGAAUGACCAAUACACUCCAAGUAACCGUUUUCUCUGGAAUCAAGGUAAGUGGUUGCCAAACUCAACCACCACCUGCGGCCUGUCCCCGGACUCCGCCAUCCUCAAACUGAAAGCUGCCGCCAAUGCUGUCCUGCAGGACAAGUCUCUCACCAGGACUGAGGACACCAUGCGAUUCGAGUCCUUUUCCUCCCCUUUUAGCUCCCAGUCUGCCAGUUCCACCCUGGCAGCUUUGUCCAAGAAGGUCAGUGAGCGGAGCCUGACGCCUGGCCAGGAGCACCCGCCCCCGGCCAGCUCUUUCCUCUCCCUGGCCUCCAUGACCUCCUCUGCCGCGCUCCUGAAGGAGGUGGCCGCCAGGGCUGCGGGCAGUCUGCUGGCGGAGAAGUCGUCGCUGGUGCCCGAGGACCCGUUGCCGCCACCGCCUGCGGAGAAGAAGCCGGACAAGGUCACCCCGCCGCCGCCUCCGCCGCCGCCGCCUCCCCCGCCGCCGCCGCCGCCACAGUCCCUGGAGCUACUGCUGCUCCCGGUCCCCAAGGGAAGAGUGGCCAAGCCCGCCCACGCAGCCUCAGAAGAAGAAAGUGGAAAGCCUUUCCAGUGUCCGAUAUGUGGUUUGGUUAUAAAAAGGAAGAGUUACUGGAAGCGGCACAUGGUGAUUCACACAGGUUUAAAGAGUCAUCAGUGUCCGCUCUGUCCAUUCCGGUGUGCCCGCAAGGACAAUCUCAAAUCCCACAUGAAGGUUCAUCAGCACCAGGACCGGGGAGAGACCUUCCAGUGCCAGCUAUGCCCUUUCACUUCCUCACGCCACUUCAGCCUGAAACUCCACAUGCGUUGCCAUCAGCACUUCCUGAGGACAGAAGCCAAGGUGAAGGAGGAGAUCCCAGACCCAGAUGUCAAGGGAUCGCCCCACCUCAGUGACAGUGCCUGCCUGGGGCAGCAAAGGGAAGGAGGAGGGACAGAGCUAGUGGGGACCAUGAUGACGUCCAGCACUCCAGAGAGGACUAGCCAGGGUGGGGCUGGCGUCUCGCCUUUGCUGGUGAAGGAGGAACCCAAGGAAGAUAACGGCCUGCCAACCUCCUUUACUCUGAAUGCUGCUGACAGGCCAGCCAACCACACAAAGCUGAAAGACCCUUCCGAGUAUGUGGGCAACAGUGCGUCAGCAUUGUUCAGCCAGGACAUCUCUGUUAAGAUGGCGUCUGAUUUUCUCAUGAAGCUGUCAGCUGCGAAUCAGAAGGAGCCCAUGACUCUUAAUUUUAAAGUGAAAGAGGAGCCCAAGGACGAGGAGGCGCUCGGUGCCCCGUUGCCUCGGCCCAGCUACGUGUUCAGCCCCGAAGCUGAGGUACCAGCCCCGAGCCUCUCGGACGACACGCUCAAGUCCCCGGAAGGAAAGGGGGACGCGCUCAGGAGGGACAUGUCCGUCAAAGCCGCGUCGGAACUGCUCAUAAAACUAUCAGCGGAGAGCUACAAGGAGACUCAGAUGGUGAAGAUUAAAGAGGAGCCCAUGGAGGUCGACAUUCAGGACUCCCACGUCUCCCUGUCACCCAACCGGAAUGUGGGCUACAGCACUUUAAUCGGGAGAGAGAAAACCGAACCCCUGCAGAAGAUGCCAGAGGGCAGAGUGCCCCCAGAGAGGAACCUCUUCAGUCAGGACAUCUCUGUGAAGAUGGCUUCUGAGCUCCUCUUUCAACUGUCAGAAAAAGUGAGCAAAGAGCACAAUCACACAAAAGAAAACACCAUCCGGACAACCACCAGCCCUUUCUUUUCAGAAGAUACCUUUAGACAAUCACCGUUCACCUGCAAUUCGAAAGACCUGCUGUCCAGCGAGUCGGUGCUUCCCGGACGAAUAUCCACUCCAGAAACAGAAAAGAUAGUGCUAGAGGCAGGAAAUGGGUUGCCCUCCUGGAAAUUCAAUGACCAGCUCUUCCCCUGUGACGUGUGUGGGAAAGUGUUUGGCCGCCAGCAGACCUUGUCCCGGCACCUGUCGCUGCACACAGAAGAAAGAAAAUACAAAUGCCACUUGUGCCCCUAUGCUGCUAAGUGCCGUGCUAACCUGAACCAGCACCUGACCGUCCACUCGGUGAAGCUGGUGAGUACGGACACGGAGGACAUCGUCAGCGCCGUCACCUCUGAGGGCAGUGACGGCAAGAAGCACCCUUAUUACUACAGCUGUCACGUGUGCGGCUUUGAGACCGAGCUCAAUGUCCAGUUUGUCAGCCACAUGUCGCUCCACGUGGACAAGGAGCAGUGGAUGUUCUCCAUCUGCUGCACCGCCUGCGACUUCGUCACCAUGGAGGAAGCGGAGAUCAAGGCUCACAUCAGCACCAAACACACAGGGGAAGACCGGAAGACACCCAGUGAAUCAAACAGCCCCUCGUCAUCAUCCCUCUCAGCUCUGAGUGAUUCAGCCAACAGCAAAGACGAUUCAGACAGUUCUCAGAAAAACAAGACUGGGAACAACCUGCUGGUCAUCUCAGUGGUGCCUGGGAGCCAGCCCUCCCUGAACAGUGAGGAGAAGCCAGAGAAAGGGUUCGAAUGCGUUUUUUGCAACUUUGUCUGCAAGACGAAGAAUAUGUUUGAGCGCCAUCUGCAGAUACACCUUAUCACCCGGAUGUUUGAGUGUGACGUGUGCCACAAGUUCAUGAAGACCCCCGAACAGCUGCUGGAGCAUAAGAAAUGCCACACUGUCCCCACCGGUGGGCUCAAGUGCCCAUUCUGCAUUUAUUCCACCAACCGCCCCGCUGCCAUGGAGUGCCACCUCAAGACCCACUACAAGAUGGAGUACAAGUGCCGGAUCUGCCAGACGGUGAAGGCCAACCAGCUGGAGCUGGAGACGCACACCCGGGAGCAUCGCCUGGGCAACCACUACAAGUGCGAGCAGUGCGGCUACCUGUCCAAGACGGCCAACAAGCUCAUCGAGCACGUGCGCGUGCACACCGGGGAGCGGCCCUUCCACUGUGACCAGUGCAGCUACAGCUGCAAGCGCAAGGACAAUCUCAACCUGCACAAGAAGCUGAAGCACGCCCCCCGCCAGACCUUCAGCUGCGAAGAGUGCCUGUUCAAGACCACCCACCCCUUCGUCUUCAGCCGCCACGUCAAAAAGCACCAGAGCGGGGACGGUCCCGAGGAGGACAAGAGGGGCCCGUGUCCCGCCCCCCAGGACCCGGCCGUCCCCGGGGCCCCGCUCCUGGUGGUCGGGAGCCCCCGGAAUCUCUUGUCCCCCCUGUCGGUCAUGUCCGCCUCCCAGGCCCUGCAGACCGUGGCCCUGACCGCCGCGCAUGGCAGCGGCGGCUCCGAGCCCAACCUGGCACUCAAGGCGUUGGCCUUCGACGGCUCCCCGUUGCGCUUCGACAAAUUCCGGAACUCGGAUUUUGCCCAUCUCAUUCCCUUGACAAUGUUGUACCCCAAGAACCACUUGGAUCUCACAUUCCACCCUCCCCGACCUCAGACUGCGCCCCCCAGCAUCCCCUCGCCCAAACACUCCUUCCUCGCCUAUCUCGGGCUCAGAGAAAGAGCAGAGACUGUCUGAGGGCAGCCGGGCUCUGUACCAAAAACAGACAGACAGGAAGAAACAAAACCCACAAAACUUAAACACAACCCCAGCAGGUGUAUGUUGCUGCAAAACCCGCAGGCCCCGCCGGGCCUGAACACAUGUACUGUAGAUGGUUAGUAAGGGAUAGAGAACUGGCCUGUGUGUUACCUACCGCAUUGACCUGAAGCUGCUUUCUCCAGUCUCCAGCGAGGUGACCUACUGCAUACUUCUACCUUCAGAGGCAUGCCUCCCACUCCCAGUCCUUCUCCGUACUUUUCUCUGAGAAAAAAAAAAAAAAGGAAUUUUGUCUUGUUAAAACCCUAAGAGAGUGUCCUUAAUAGCAAUCAGCACUUGUAAGCUUAUCUACUGGUGCGUUUUGUUUUCUGUUGGGUGAAUGGGGUGUGAGGACGUCUGGAUUCUGCGAGCGAAGGCUGUGUGUCCCGUGCCAUUUUGAUUGCACAUUCUUUGUACUGGAUUCUUUCACCGCCACCUACGGCUCCUUCCUCCUGGGUGGUCCACCCACGGCCGCCGCUGUCCCUCAGCUCCUCCACCAUCUCUUCCUCUCUACGAGCGGCAGGGCCCGGUGCUCGGUCCAGAAGGAAUGGUGGGCUCCACCGUGCUCGCCAGGGCGCCCAGACCCCCGCGCCCGCCUGCUCUGCUGACAGAGGUGGAAAAGAGCCCCGUCUGGAAGAAAUCUCUCGCAGCACUGCAGCUGACAUCACAAAACAGAGUGUGUCUUGUGUGUGCCCCUAGCCACACACAGUGCGUCAUUUUUUUAAGGGCAGAUUAUAUAUAUAUACAUAUAUAUAUAUGAUGUAUUAAUUCAGUGCGUACCAUUUGUUUGCAGGAAAAAAAAAUUGUAUGAGUGAAAAAUUUUAUGGUUGAGAAAUCCAGCCAAGGAGAUUAAAAGGGGUUUGGAUACAUUCUGGGUAUAAAUGCUCAGACUAAAAAAAAAAAAAGAAAAAAAAGAAACGGCAGUUUUGCACAGUGCUUUGGUCUUCCACUAGUUUUUGUUUCUCAUCUACAGAAGAAAAAACUAAACUAGAAGGAAGAAAAAUGUACCUUUUAUAUGGAAUGAGGAGACUGUAUGUCUGAAAAUCUAGCCACGACCUCUGACGUUUUCCGGCCCGACAAGAAGUGCUGCUGGCCAGGGCGGUUGCGCCACCCAGAAGCCCCUGGGCUUGCAGUGGCCCCCAGGGCGCUCGGCGCAGUCACGAGUCUCUAUUCCAUUUCGUUAACGCCUGGUAGACGUAACCUGCUAGGAGCUGACCUUCUGCUUAUUUAAAAGCUCUUAUUUCAUGGUCAUUAAAAUGGCAACUGUGUGCAGCACUUUAUCGCAGCAAGGAGCAGAUGUGACUCGGGGUCCAGCCCUUUGCUAAGCCCCGAAAGGGAAAAGGGUGCUGAAUAGGUUCAUUGCUGGUAUUUUUAAGGCAACAGAAUUUUCAGUAUGGAACAGGCCAAAAGAGCAGGAAGAAAUGUGCUUUGUCUAGUAAUGCGAAGUUUGGAAUAUAAAAGUUUAUCUAUUAUUUAUCUCUUGAACUGGCGGACGGGAGAAAUGCUUUCUUACUGCGUUGCUGUUUUCCAUCAGGUGUUCUCCUGGGGUUGGGAUUAUUGUUUUGUUUGUUUUUCCAUCUGUCCAACCCGGGGAAAAUAAAAGCAUCCCUCAUGUUC